CUUAAAAUAAUUUCAGUAAGAAUGAAAUGAAGGGAUCAAGGUUUGAAAGAUGUAUAAGAGGAAAAUACUUCAGGAGAUAAAGAGUGUUCCUUCAGCCUGAAUUCCAGAGAAAAGAGCAGAGACAAGUAGGUAGCUCAGAAAGGGCACUGCAUGCUUAGUAACUAGAGAUUCACAGUUGGAUUUAAAAUUUCUUCAGGUGCUCUUUUUUUCUAGAAUAACACCCGAAGUUUUUGUGAACAACACAUCACUGUGGCUGUGCUCUGUGCACCCUCUGUGGGCCGAGCAGAGGAGGCUGUACCUGUGGCGAUGGGAGAGAAGGGUCGCCCAAGCCGAGCACUGUUGGAGUGCAGUCUCAGUGAUAAGCUGUGUGUUGUCCAAGAGCAACAGUAUGAAGUAAUCAUUGUUCCAGCUCUUCUGGUUGGUGGCUUCCUUAUCCUUCUUGCAAUCAUCCUGUGGCUUUUUAUUAGAGGACAGAGAUCCCAAAGGCAGCGCCCUGGACCCCGGGGUACUGCUUCUGUACCUGCAUCUAGAGACCUAAGCCUGGAGCCAGCAGGACAAGGAGAAAAGGUGCUCGUACCACUUAAGGAGACCUCUGUGGAGAGCUUUCUACGAGCAGCCUUGCCUUGCCUGGCUAAGCUGCAGGUGCCCAGGGAACAACUCUCAGAUGUUCUGGAGAAGAUCCACAGUGGCAGUUUGGGGACCCUCUAUCAUGCCAUGAUGACCACCAGGGACAACCCUAAGCCAAAGAGUGUUGUCCUCAAGGCUUUAGAAGAACCCGCUGGACUCCAGGAGGUCCAGGAUUUUAUAGGGCGAAUCCAAUUCUAUCAGUACCUGGGGAAACACAAGAACCUGGUACAGCUGGAAGGAUGCUGCACAGAAAAGCUGCCACUUUACAUGGUGCUGGAGGAUGUGGUCCCAGGAGACCUGCUCAGCUUUCUCUGGACCUGCCGCAGGGAUGUGAUGACCAUGGAUGGCCUGCUCUAUGAUCUCACAGAAAAACAAAUAUAUCACAUCGGAAAGCAGGUCCUUUUGGCCCUGGAAUUCCUGCAGGAUAAGCGUCUAUUUCAUGGGGAUGUGGCUGCCAGGAACAUCCUGAUCCAAAGUGACCUGACUGUCAAACUCUGCCGACUGGGCCUGGCGUAUGAAGUCCACACUCAAGGAGCCGUCUCCUCUGCUCAGACCAGCACCAUCCCUCUCAAGUGGCUUGCUCCAGAACGGCUUCUCCUGAGACCUGCAAGCAUCAGAGGAGACAUCUGGUCCUUUGGGAUCCUGCUUUAUGAGAUGGUGACUCUAGGGGCACCACCAUACCCUGAAGUCCCUCCCACCAGCAUUCUACAGUAUCUUCAGAGAAGGAAAAUCAUGAAGAGACCCAGCAGCUGCACACAUGCCAUGUACAACAUUAUGAAAUGCUGUUGGCAAUGGAGUGAGAACAGCCGUCCCUUACCUGGAGAGCUGCGCUUGCGCCUUGAAGCUGCCUCUAGAUCUGCGGAUGACAAGGCUGUGUUGCAAGUGCCAGAGUUAGUGGUGCCUGAACUGUAUGCAGAUGUGGCUGGCAUCAGUGCAAAGAGCCUUUCCUACAGCUACAGUGUCCUUUGAAGAUGCCCCCAGACAAGUGCUUGAAUUAAGUUCCUUCAAGAACAGAGGGAAGGAACCUUCUAUGGGCAACAAAGGGAAAAAAAGGACAUGGAUCCCACAUCUUCCCCUAUACAUUUUCCUGGAAAUAUGAAAUGCUGCUGGAUGAGGCUCUACCUCUACACACCAUGUACUCAAGACUCACCAUCAGUUUGUCUGCUCCCCAAUCCCGAGGGCCUGAGCACAAGUGGUGGACAGUGUCAUUUCAAAGGAGCUUUUUAAAAUCUUAAAUAAUUGUUGGGGGAUAGGGUAAAAGGGCUGGUCCCACCCACCCCA